CCGGGGCGUUGCGGUACCGGCGGCGGAGUGCGCACCGGCUGCGGGGACCGGCCGGGCCGCGGCCGGUGAGUGGGGCCGAGGGAGGGAGAGGAGGGGGCGGCUCGGCGGGGCCCGUCAGCCGCUGGGGCGGGGAGCGAGGCCGCGGCUGGGCCCUGCCGGCGGGGGUGGCCCGGGCUCGGCGUGACUCUCCCCGGCGGUGCCGGCGCCUCCCCCGCGGGAGCGGAGCCAUGGCGGCGGACUCGGAGGUGCUGCACUUCCAGUUCGAGCAGCAGGGUGAUGCCGUCCUGCAGAAGAUGAACCUCCUGCGGCAGCAGAACCUCUUCUGCGACGUCUCCAUCUACAUCAACGACACGGAGUUCCAGGGGCACAAGGUGAUCUUCGCCGCCUGCUCCACCUUCAUGAGGGACCAGUUCCUGCUCAACCAGUCCCGGCAGGUGCGGAUCACCAUCCUGCAGAGCGCCGAGGUGGGCAGAAAGCUGCUGCUCUCCUGUUACACCGGCGCGCUGGAAGUCAAAAAGAAGGAGCUGCUGAAAUACCUCACUGCCGCCAGUUACCUCCAGAUGGUUCACAUCGUGGAAAAGUGUACGGAGGCUUUGUCGAAAUACUUGGAAAUCGACGCUUCCAUGGAGAACAGCGAGCAGGUGACAGAAAGAUGUCAUUCCUCAGAUGCUGAACUGAGAAACGGGGAUGAUAUUUUAGAUAAAGAUUGUGAAAUAAUUGAGAUUGCUGAAGACAGCCCAGUGAACGUGGAAUACCCUGUGAAACAGGAGAAGGGGGACAUUUCCCGGCCCGCGGUGCAGAGCUUGAUCUCGGAAAGAAAGGACACAAAAACCCCAGAAAUAUCAACGGUUGAAAUUGGAUAUAAGGACGAUGAAAUCUGUAUCUUCAGAAUGGAUUCUAUGAGCGUAGCAAACGUAGAAAAUGAUCAUUUUCCUCAGCCUUGCACAUCCUCUAAAACAAACUUGUAUUUUCCGGAAACCCAGCACUCCUUGAUAAAUUCUACAGUUGAAAGCAGAAAUACAGAAAUGUCGGGAAAUCACUUUCAGGCUUUUGUCAGUGACAAUACAGAAGGAACUUCUAGUCUGAUGAAUGGGUUCCAGAGUCUGGACGAUUCUGGCAAUUCAUGGCGGCACCAGUGUCCGAAGUGUCCGAGGGGAUUUCUGCAUCUUGAGAACUAUCUCAGACAUCUGAAAAUGCACAAGCUGUUCUUGUGUUUGCAGUGUGGCAAAACAUUUACGCAAAAAAAGAAUCUCAACAGACACAUCCGGGGGCACAUGGGCAUCCGCCCCUUCCAGUGCAUGGUGUGCUUGAAGACCUUCACUGCCAAAAGCACGCUCCAGGAUCACCUGAAUAUACACAGCGGCGACAGGCCCUACAAAUGUCAUUGUUGCGACAUGGACUUUAAACACAAGUCUGCUCUUAAAAAGCACUUAACUUCUGUUCAUGGAAGGAGUAGCAGCGAAAAGCCAAACCUGAACACUAUUACGAAAGUUAAAAUAGACUAUGAUUAACAGAUGGGUGGUUGUGGAGCCAGGCUCCACAAACAGCUGCCUAGUGAAAUUCUAGAUGAAAUUCUAGAUACAGAUCCCCACGUAAUGGAGAGAAGCACAAAUAUGUGACUGGUGAUCAAAGACAGGUCUUGCGAGCAGCAAACUUGCCUGCUGCAUUUAGGCUCCUAUUGUUGCAAGUGUGAAAAAGGUGUUUACUAGUUGAAAGUAAACUGCAAAAUAUGGGAAACAAUUUCACGCUUCUCUUCUAUUAUCCUGGAUGCAUUCUGAUUUCCACCCCCCCCCAAUUAUGUUUUGCACUCCCCCGUUCCAAGGGCAGGCACUGACAAUUUUCAAAGUAUCAUUGAUAUUGCAAUAAGAUGAAGCCAGAGCCAUGAUGUUCCUGAUGUAUAAAAGCUAAGGAAAGGGGAUGUCUGUAUUUAUUCUGCAAGUCAGUCAUUCCCACCCAGUUCAGGUAUCAUUUAUGGUGAAAUCAGCUCCUUAUUUGCCCAAACUUUGUUAGAUCUUUCAACAGAAAGAGGCAUGUUUUCAUACUGAAGUCUAUGAUAUUUAAGAAAGAACACACAACAAACAAAAAAUAAUCAAGGAAGCUUUCAAAUUGCCUUUUGCAAAUAGAGAAUUGGUAAAAGAGAAAGAAAAAAACAGUAUUUUCAACAGCAUUGCCUUGCAGUUCAUUUUUAACUGGACAGUCUCAUCAGGAGAACUUGUGUUCAGUUUUAUGAAUGAGUUCUGAAUUUUUCUAAACUUUUUUCUGUUUGGUUUUUUUUUCUGUCAUGCCAGUGUUUUGCACCUGUAUUUGACUAAUUCUGAUUGUUAGUCCUGUUUGUUGAGUUGUAACAUUUGCCUUCAUUUUUUACAAAUCUUAGACUUGUACGCUAAUGUGAAAAAUUAAGCUGUGUGCUGUUACGUAGUAGCAGUGUCUACGUUAAUUUUGAAAAACAAACCUUUAUAUCUUAUUAGGAACGGCUUAGACAUAGAGGUCUUCACAUGCUCUAAUUCUGUGAUACAGUAAAACAGUAACUGUGUGUUUGGAUAGGUGUGUUUGUACUUUGUCAAAGGUCAUUUCAGUUUCAUCACAAGCAUCGAGAGCCCCGUAAUGCAGAAUAUUUAUCCCGUACCUAUCUUUGACUGGUAUAUGUUUCUUCCACUUAAUGUGAUAUGAAUAAAGAGUCUAUUCAGUUGUUAUUAUGAGAUAAUGGUACUUACAUUAGAUUCUCUCCAAUUAGCAAAAUGCAGUAGUUCUUAAUCUUGUCUGUAUCAUGAGGUACACUUUCCUUUAAGUUUCAGAAGUGCUGUUGUGAAGUUCUUGCUCUGAGUCCAGAAGUCUGGCCCGUGUGCUCCAUAACCUGGCUGUUUUUAAAAUACAGUAUUUUUUAAUGUCAGUUAACAGGUUUCACUUAUUUUCCUUCCCUGUGCCUGUGAGUGUGCCAGCCAUUGCUUGGGGUUUUAUUUAUCAGCUACGCGAGGGGUUAGGCGUGAAUGGUAUCUACCGUGCAGUUUCCUGUUAUUAUCUGUUAUAGGCAUGGUCAGCUGCGCCAGCUUUACUGCUGUCUUCAUCUGUUGGAAUUUCAGUUGAAGAGUUUUUAAAAGCUUGUUUCAUCAGGGUUUUUUUAAGCUCUUCAUCUAAUAUUAUUAACGCUUAAAGUACAUAUUAGUUGGAUUGCAGCAAUAUUUGCAGGCCUCAGUUUAUAUUGAGCCCUGUUGUGGUAGGCAGUAUAUGUCUUCCUCAAAACCCCUCUAGUGUGAAUAGGCAAAUAGUGUGUUCGAAAGCUGAGCACACCACUAGGGCCGUAUUCUUCCAAAACCUCACAAAAAUGCCUGACUGUGCACAAACAGUUGACUUGUGAAGAACCCCAUUGCAUUCAAUCACUGGAAAGGUGUGCGUGCCAAAUCUGUGCAGGCGUCCCUGUGAAUGAGGACAGAAAUGACAGCCCCCGAGUCAGUAGCUAGUGAAACUGUGAACUAAAAUCACCUGGUUUAUCCAGUACUUUAAGCAUAAAGCCCAAACUUUCACAAUCUCUGCUAUUACUUCAUAUUGUAAGUGGAUCAUUUGCUUUAUUUUGUUGAUUUUUAACUAUAGUAAUUGUCAUGACAAUUACUAUAGUUAAAAGGUUUGUGACUCAUGUAUGGUGCAACCACCUGACGUUUUGCAAAAAAAAUUGCAUUUUAUAGCAUUGUCUUCUGUUUGUGUUCAUUAGUCUGUCACUGUUUACAGCCUUUUUGACCUUGUGAUUAGUAUUGUUUGCUUUGUUUUUCACAGAAUACCAUUGAGUUCUCAUUGCAUAAAAAUGAAGGGUCUGAUUUUCAAAAGCCUGCUAAUACCUGCAGUUGCCCUUACUGUAUAUACAGAUGUUACAGAUGUUAACUUGGGUAUAUGUACAGGUUUGUAUGUAGCUUUUUAUUUGUGUCUACAGACUGACUUAGUUACUUAAAAUAAACUCCAUCCUUGAAAGAGGUCAUAAAACAAGGAAAAAGUUUCCCUCUCCCCAUCCUUUUUACAUUGGGCUGCUAUUACUGUAUUUCAGUAAAUAAAUGUAUUGUGCAUUUAUGGGACAGAUUUGGUUCGACUGUGCUUAAAUUUGUUCAGUUAAUAUGCAUUUUUGGCAUGUGUAUGAUUUUAUCAUUGAUAACACUGCAAGAGAUCAUUCCUCAGUUUAUUGUUUGACUGUUUUUUAUAGGUGUAUGCAGGGACAUUUCCCUGCGUGUCAAAGGGGAAACAGGCUGAUCUUUUGAAGUGCAUCUUUGUGGGAGCAGGACUGCACGUUAUUUUGGUUUGCUGUUGUAAUGCAUGUAAACAUGAGAGGGAGCUGUGUUGUGUGAGGGGCCAACAGCAUAUUCUGUUCAGUGGCUAGGGUGUCUUGGUAAGCUUUGUGAACAAAAACUGAUUGUGUGGCCAUUUCCCCAUUAACGGUGUUUCCUCUCCCCUGUCCAUACAUGUGAGCACUUGUCCUGUCAUAACACAAUAAAUGAAAUGCCAACAAGAUGUUUCAGAAAUACAUACGCUUUCUUCUAAUCACAGUUUAGUAAUUCUGUGCAUACCUUAGUAUUUUGGCUUGCUAU